GCGGCUGAAUGCAGAAUUAGAAGCAAAAACAGAGAAACUGGUGCGACAGGCUGAAGAAGUAAUGAAAGGCCAAAGGGAGAUACUGUCUAGACCAGGGUCAGUACAGACUGUGUCAUCUGCAGAUGACAAACAGAGAGAUCCACUCUGUCCUCAAGUUUCUUCUCUUACACACUCUCACACUAAGCCAGCAAACAAGAAACAUGCUUCCAUGCCCAUGGCUCAGAACAGACCGUACUCUGGAAAUAAAGGGAAAAGAACAACUUCAAGCUCAAAAGUAAGAAACCUGGAAGCACAAAGUGCUGAUGCUGUUGCAGUACUGGAGGAUUGCACAGAUUUUUCUUCAGCAAAAACAAUAAGUAAAAUUGAAGAAAAACUAGAGAAAGGAGGCUUACCAGAUUGUCUAGAUGAUGAUGCUAUUCCAAGUGCUGGAAAUGAAAUUGGAGCAGAAGCUCAAGUAAGAUUUCUUAAGGCAACGUUACGUGUUACACAAGAAGAGCUGGCUAGUGUAGUGUGUGAAUGCAGGAAAAAGGAUGAUGAAAAUCAGAAUCUAAAGUCUCAGCUUAAAGAAACCGAAGAAGAAAACGCCCGACUGCAACGAACCAUCAGUGCACAACGUUCUCUGAGUGAGAAGUACAAGGCGUUGUCACAAGAAGCAAGCAGAAAAAGUGAAAGGUUACAACAAGAAGUGACUGCACUAGGAAAGGAAUUGGAGAAUCUAAAGCGUGUACAGAAGCAAGCCACAACCAGUCAGAGUGCAACAGAGGUUCGCUUAAACAGGGCCCUGGAAGAAGCAGAAAAGUAUAAAGUGGAGCUGAAUAAACUGAAGCAAAGUAACAAGGAUGCAGCUAACCAAGAACGCAAAACAAUUGAAGAAUUAAAAGCAGAGAAAAAGAAACUGCAGAAGCAAAAAGAAGAGCUAAUGAUGGGUUUUAAAAAGCAGUUAAAGUUAAUUGAUAUUUUAAAGAGACAAAAGAUGCACAUUGAAGCUGCUAAGAUGCUUUCUUUUACUGAAGAGGAGUUCAUGAAAGCUCUUGACUGGGGAAAUCAUUGA